AUGCGGCAGUACUUUGGGUUCCUCCAGAUUCCAAUCCGAGCAUCCAACCGACUUUACCCCGACAUGACCAGCGUGUCGUUGGCACGCCUAUUCUCACCCAUCAACCCGGGAGACAACAAAGAGGCGGUCAGGGUAUGCGAUUCCCUACGCAAAGAUAUGCACUCGUGCUACCUUCACCAAGAAGGCCGUCAGCUUAUCUUACAAUUCAAUUCGAAGGCAAAGGCGGCCACAUGGCGGAACCAACCUGUCCCCUUCCGUGGAGAGAUCACUUGGCUGCGACACUUCCGGCGUCCGGAGGACCCUAUCACCGACCUUGAUACCGACGAAACCCAACAAACCGAAACUUACAGUUUUCGACUACUCCAAGUGCCAGCCCGCAUCAAAUUGAUGCAGGUCCUCCACAUGCUGCGCCUUCUGGGGUGGGGCUACCUGGUGGUGACGGACAAUGCCAACGUUCUGGACGACAUCCUCGGGAAAUCUCGCAAUGAGAUGGGCCCUAUCACUGUCCACAUUUUCCACUUUCAGGACUAG